ACAUGGCGGUCAAAAUGGACGAUGUUUCGUCUCCUCAACUCGCGCUUAAAUUUUCAAGUUCUGCCUUCGACCCUGAGAAGUAUGUCAGGGAUUUGUCAGCGCAAUGUGACACUGAUGCUGACCUUCAGGUUCAUCGAAAGCGUAUUCAGACCUUAAAUGAAGAAACUGCGGUUAGCUUGAAGAAAAAUGUAUAUAAGAAUUACAUGCAGUUCAUCGAAACAUCGAAGGAAAUAUCAUAUCUUGAAGCAGAAAUGUAUCAGUUGGGACAUUUUUUGGCGGAGCAAAAAGCGAUACUCAGCAGCCAGGAGGACAUGUCGUUAUUUGGAAAACAAGAUUCUAAUUCUUCAAUAAAACCUUCAAAGAAAGAUGAAAAAGGCAGCAGCUCAAUAGAAUCAGUAGAGGGUCUGGCUAGUGUCCUGGAUAUAACUGAUGUGAAUUGUGUUUUUGAGGGAGACCUGGUUGAGGUUGAUCCAGAAACAUUUCUUCCAAAAUCUAAAAUUCAUGCCUUCCUGUUACAUGACAGUAUGGUGGUUGCAAACAUCAUUCAAAACAGGCGUGGCCCAGUUCGUUUUAAGUUCCAAAGUCUGUUUGAACUGGAAAACGUAGCAGUAGUGAAUAUGACCAGUGCUGAUGGUUUGAAAGAUUCUUUCAAGGUUUUCCUGUUCCCAGAAACUCAUGUCUAUCAAGCUGAAAAUAAAACAAUCAAGAAAGAGUGGUUGGAUAGGAUUGAAGAAUGUAAAAAGAACUUUAAACUGAAGCUGGAGCAAGAGGUUAAUGAAGGUGGCAGUGAAGUUGCAUCCAAUGCAGAGACCACCAGUAGUUCAGAGAAUUCCAAUCCCUUUGUUGAAGAGAGUGGAAAAAAUCCAUUUGAAGAGGACAACGACAAAAAUCCUUUCACAAAUGAUUAUGAUGAUGACAAGAAUCCUUUUACUGAGAGCAAAUCUACCAAUCCUUUUGAGGAAGAGGAGGAUGAAGGACCUGUUGCUUCGUCCUCACCUAAUUCUGGAAACUCCAAUGUCGUCAAGGCUGGAAAAGGUUGGCUUAGAGAUCUGCCUGAAGAUUUAGACAUGUUUAUUGCACAGAGAGAUUUUGAGAGGGCCAUGGAGUUAAUUGACAGAACAAACAAAUAUUUGAAAGAAAACAGCAGCUCUCAAGCAGCAAAAGAAAUCAAAGUUCGCCUUGAUCGCCGGGUAAAGCUGUUGGUAGAUGCUCUUAUUGAUGAGUUGGAUAGUAGUCGAAGCUUCCUACUUCAUGUCGGACCACGUGCAACUAGAAGAACCGUCUCACUGUUGGUUAGACUGGGGAGAGCUUCUGAGGCAUGUCAGCUUUUCUUGAGGAACAGAAGUGAAGCCAUCAAACAUACUAUUAGGCAACUGAAGAUUGAAGGGGCUACAUCUUUAUACAUCACCAAGUUGUCCACCGCAUUCUUUAGCUGCAUCAUAGAGACUGGUAAAGAGUUUGAACAAGUUUUCUCUGCUAAUAGAGGGUUUAGUUCAGCCUUUGUCGUGUGGGCCAAUAGUGAACUGAAGCACUUUGUUUCUCGCUUUUCUAAUCAAGUUUUCAGAAGGGAGAUGGGUUUAGCAGCUACUGGUGUGUGUGUCAGCAUGGCGAGACAUCAGUGCGAAAAGCUUCAAGAGAUCGGCCUGGACCUGACAUUUUCAAUGCAGCAGAUGCUACUUAGAGACAUUCUUGAAGCAGUCUUGGACACAAGAGAUCAGAUGGUGAAGUUUUCAAGGCACAGGGCCAUGGAAACAAAUUGGAAACCAAUGGAGUUUGAAGGACCAGCAGAUCAGCUUGGAAAAUUAUGUGAAGAAAUGGAAAGCCUGGGUAUUGAGAGUUUUCAAGAGCUCGUUGAUGGUAAUAAAGUGAACCUGAGUAGUUCCACCGUGGCUUUUAUUAAAGGAGUGUUGGGCUUUGUAGCAGAUGGAUUAACGGUCAAUACACCGCAGCUUCAGCCAUGGUUUGUAGAUUGCAUCGGAGAUUUGUUUGAAAACCAAGUAGUUCUGUUUGAGGCCAUUCUUAAGUCUGGUCGGUAUGCAAGCCAGCGUGAGUUCAUCCUAAAGAAUGCUUCCUUUGUAUUAGAAAAUAUCCCUCCUCUAAUUAAAAAGCGAUUAAAGGUUGGGACUAAUCCUGGUCGCUUUAUGGAGAUACAGAGCGAGUUGAAGAGACUACAGUCCAUUACUCCUUCAAGUGAUACAGCGGAAGGAAAAACUGGAAAAUAAAAAUAUGACAACAUAUGUCUUACUAAUGAAAAAUUGUUUUUCAUUAGAUACUUCAAUAUACUGAGUCAGUUCAAAAGCAGAACUGACAACAAAAUAAGAGAAAUGAACAAAUAAGGUCUUUGAUUUCCUUGUAAAUAACAGAAAGAAAGCUUUAUUUCUAAUGAAUUUCUAAUGGUUAUUUUAUUGGAUGAGAAGCCACAUUUGUCGUAGGUUCCAUGCGCAUAUGCAAAGCUGCAGUAAAGCGUUUUCGUCCGUCUAUGAUCGUUGUAGGGUCAUGGGAGAAUAUAUUUAUCCGUUUCCCUUAGAGGGAAAAUUCUUGUUACGAUUUCAAAUUUAAAUCACAGUUUUCAAAUUUAUUUAGUGUAGCUUUAAUGAAGCGCAAGAACAGUGAAAUUACCUGAAUACUCUGAAAAACGUGCUCAUUGGAAUGAAAGAGUUAAAUGAUGACAUUUUAUUCGUGUCUCCUUUGUAGACAUGGCUGUGUGUUGCUUUAUUAUAUUUUUUUUUAUUUCCAAAAGAGGAUAAAAGCAUCACUUGCGUUUUGCAUGUAUUAAUACUAAUGAUGUGAGGUAUACGCUGCUUAUGUUGGAAUUAUGUGUGAAAAAGCUUUAAAUCCUCAGGUCGAGGCUAUUAAGAGUAAAUAGACCUGGUGAUUGAAUUUGUGAAACUAAAGUACUUUUCGAAAUUAAAAUAUUUUAACCACGAAAA